CUCUUUUUUUUUCUCCCCAGCGCUUGCCAGCACCAGCUUUCACCAGUGCUCCCAGUCAGGCGAGCGCUCCCACAGAGAGAGCGGCGUUGCCUCCAUACGGGUGGAGCCUUUUUAUUUUAGUUGUUGUUUCGUUACCGGAGUGAGAGAUGACCUGACCGGGCUCGUGCGCAGCGCUUCCUCGCUGAAGUUUAUCGUCGGACACUGUUCUCCUACCUGCUGUGAGGUAGCGCAGCCCCAUUCUUCCCUGGAAGAGCAGUGACAGACGGACGGACGGACCGCCCCGUUGGAGUCUGCUCCUUUUCAUGGAUGCCAGGUUGGCCCUGCUGCACCUGUGGACAGUCCUUGUCCUCCUGACAGCAGAACUGAAGCGGAUUGAUGCCGCGGAGGUCUACACCAACACUUGGGCUGUCCAGAUAAAUGGGGGGCCGGAGGAAGCCGAUCGCAUCGCCAGGGAACACGGCUUCAUCAACUACGGCAACGUUUUCGGUGAUUAUUAUCACUUCAGGCAUCAUGCCGUGGAGAAGAGGGCUUUGUCCGGCCACAGGGGGACGCACAACCGACUGGAAAAAGAACCCAAGGUCCAGUGGGCAGAGCAGCAAGUGGUGAAGAAGAGGAAGAAGAGGGACAUCUAUGAAGAUCCAACAGAUCCAGAUUUCCCCGAGCAGUGGUACCUGUCCACGCCAACGCAUCAAGACCUGAAUACCAAAGCAGCCUGGGCCCUCGGCUACACGGGAAAAGGGGUAGUGGUGACCAUCCUGGACGACGGCAUUGAGAAAGACCACCCGGACCUCAUCGGCAAUUAUGACCCUGAGGCCAGCUAUGAUGUUAAUGACGGAGAUGCUGACCCCCAACCGAGAUACACGCAGCGAAAUGAAAACCGACACGGAACGCGAUGUGCAGGAGAAGUUGCGGCGGCGGCCGACAACGGCGUGUGUGGCGUCGGUGUGGCCUACGACGCUAAAAUAGGAGGAGUUCGUAUGCUGGACGGAGAGGUGACGGACGUGGUGGAGGCCCACUCUCUGAGCCUCAACCCGCAGCACAUCCACAUUUACAGCGCCAGCUGGGGCCCGGAGGACGACGGCAAGUCGCUGGACGGCCCGGCCAAGCUGGCGAAGGAGGCGUUCCUCCAGGGAAUCACCAAGGGACGCGGGGGACAGGGCUCCAUCUUUGUGUGGGCCUCGGGCAACGGCGGCCGGGAGCAGGACAGCUGUAACUGCGACGGCUACACCAACAGCAUUUACACCCUCUCCAUCAGCAGCACCACGCAGUCCGGCAACGUGCCGUGGUACAGCGAGCCCUGCUCCUCCACCCUCGCCACCACCUUCAGCUCCGGAAACCCCGGGGAGAAACAGAUCGUGACCACGGACCUGAGGCAGAAAUGCACAGACUCGCACACGGGAACGUCCGCCUCCGCGCCGCUGGCUGCCGGGAUCAUUGCUCUGGCUCUGGAGGCCAACGUGAACCUGACCUGGAGGGACAUGCAGCACCUGGUGGUGAGAACGUCCCGGCCCGGGCACCUCAGCGCCGGAGACUGGAAGACCAACGGAGUGGGACGCAGAGUGAGUCAUUCGUACGGCUACGGGCUUCUGGAUGCAGGUGCCAUGGUGACUCUGGCACAGGGCUGGACCACAGUGGCGCCGCAGCAUCAGUGUGUUCACACCAUGCUCACACAACCAAGAGACGUGGGCAGCAAGCUGGUGUUCAGCAAGAGCGUGGAUGCCUGCUGGGGACGCCCGGAGUACGUCAGGUCUCUGGAACAUGUUCAGGCUCGCAUCACUCUCUCCCACAACCAGAGAGGAAAAUUGGCGAUCCAUCUCAUCAGCCCACUGGGCACGUGUUCCACCUUGCUGUUUCCCAGGCCCAAUGACUUCUCCUCUGAGGGAUUCAACGACUGGGCCUUCAUGACCACCCACUCGUGGGGCGAGGAUCCUCAAGGGGAAUGGACACUGGAAAUAGAAAAUGUAGCCGCUAACGGACGUGACCUCGUGGUAUUGCGUCAGUUCACCCUCAUUCUGUGGGGAACCGGAUCGAGCGUCUUCAACCCCUCCUCGUCUGACUUCCCUCGACCGUCCAACAACAGCUGCAAGACCUUCGAUGCCCAGCAGAUCUGUAUCGAGUGCAGCCCCGGCUUCUCCCUCCUCCUCCAGGGUUGCGUGAAGUUAUGUCCUCCGGGCUUCACCUCCGGCCCACAGCUCCUCAACCUCUCCCUGGAGAACUGGGUGGACCUGUCCUCUGUCCAGGCCUGCCUGCCCUGCAACCCCGCCUGCCUCACCUGCUCCGGCACCGGGCCUACGAACUGCCUGUCCUGCCCGCCUCACAGCCGCCUCGUUCUUACCUCCUGCCUGCACAAGAGCCAGGUCCAGCGCAAAUCCCCUCCCGUCGGGGGCCUGGAGGCUGACGGAGCCGGGCCGCGGGGGGGGGAGAUCCCAACGGCAGGGCGGGAGGAGGACGGGGGAGAAGGCGAGGAGCCGCCGGGGCUCGGCGAAGCGGCGUCCACCCAGUUGCCGGCGGUGGUCGCCGUGCUCAGCUGUGCCGCGGUCCUGUCCGCCUUCGUUGGGGUCUUCUUCUUGCUGCAGAUGCGCUCAGGCGGCGCUUCUCUGGGCCGGAGGACCAAACUGCCCUCUGGGUAUUCAGAGGCGGGGGUGCGGAUGGGCUUCCGUUUUGGCUGGGGCCAAAGACGGGAGAGGAAGGCCCGCAUAUGCUACAGGGGGAUCCCCACUGUGUGGGGGGACGAGGACACGAUCGCCUUCCAGUCUGAAUCAGACAGCGAGGAAAUGGACGGUCGCGGCGAGAGGACGGCUUUCAUCAAGACCCAGAGCGCGAUCUAGCUGGACCUGCCUCAUCGGCAUUUAGAUAUGAAUGUACAGAGCUGAUACGCGCAGGAGUCCCAUCAGCACGCCGUCCAAACGCAUUGAUGAGCCAAGCUUUGUUUUUGUUGCGUAUUUAUGAACAUUUAACAAUGUUUGUUAAUGUAUCUUGUUGAUUAAUAUUAGAUGACAGAUGUAUUCAUGAUGCAUUUGGCUCUUGGUCACCAAGUUGAGGUGUUAUGCAACUGUGUUAUUUAUUUUGAAUGACCCGCUUGACCAUAUAUUGUCCAGUUUGUCAAAGGAAUAUUCUACCAACUAAGUAUUGCACUCGCAUAAAGUUGAGGCACUUGUCAGAGAAAUUGAAAUCAAAGCAGAAGAGGUAGAGAUAUCCUGGCUUUUAAAAAUCCACGUUGUUAGACUUGUCGAAGCCCCUCUGAACUACCUGAGAACAUUAUACAACACGUAGUACUUUCUGUGGCAACUAAACUGCUCCUCUAAGCCAUUUGAGUACUUUCCCAUACAUACAUUCAUUUGUAGCCCCAAACGCCGCGCCACAGGCCAUAGGCAGGACAUUUAAGUUAUUUGGUAUCAGAUACAUGGCAGAUUGUGGGCCGGCGGUCAUGAAGUUCAGAGCCUAUUCAUUAAUACUAAGACUGCUGGGACAGUAUGGUAAAACUCCCUGCCGGCUGUUCUAUAAGAAAGCUCUGUUUUCAAUCCUUGCAAAGUGGAAAUUGCCUCCACGGCACAGACACAAACUCCCAUUGACUUGUUGUAAAGUAACAGUUUUUGAAUCCAAUGAAAAUAACUCUGCUUUGCUGACCUUCACAGCGCGGCUCCUCCAGGUUUCUGCUGGUAAGAAAUUACAUUAUUUUCUCUUCAUUUUUUCCCCACGGAGCAUAUUGAUUUUUGUAGAUUCUCUCCAGGACAUCUUCAUCAGGGUGAAGCUCUCUCUCUCUCUUCAUUGUGAACCCCACGCAUUGGAAGAGGAACACAAGGCUUUAUUAUUAUUAACAGUGUAGACCACCGCGCAAGAUGAAUCAGUCUUUCAAUGCAAAGUAGUUAUAAAGUAAUGAGAUCUUGUAUGACAUUUUCUAUGCUUGUUUUAUAUCCUUUUUUAUUUAACUGACGAUGGAUGUUGACAUUGUGGAUAUCAGCGUCAUGCUGGAAUAAAAAACUGUCUGUUGCAUA